AUGCCUCCUAUUUUAGCAUCUCCCCCGAGUUUAAAUAGGCGAAAAACAUGGAAGGAAGUUUUCUUUGAUGGUCUGCAAGUUUUUCAUUUCCUUGUAGCCAUGAGUUUUCUCUGGGCAGGGAUCGUCGAGUUCAUCAAAAAUCCUCCUUAUUUUGAUGCGUAUGGGGACGCUUCGACUCAGAACAAUCUUCCGGAGGGUUUAUUCGAGGUGAAUUUUAAAUAUAUAAUACUUUGCAUAACAUCUAAAAACUUUUAAAACGUUUAAUUUAAGAGAAUGAAGACUUGUUUUGAAUAAUGCCCCUCAUGCUACAUGUGUAAACAGGCUUCAAUGGCUGUCUCAGCUUAUCCACAGCUGUUAUCCAUCAAUAACGGGAAACUCUGACGUCUCGUUUCGUAUACAAAUGUCGACCCAUAUUGAAGUUAACAUACAAGACCAAACAGUAUGGCAGUUUAAAAUCACAAGGCUGAAGUAUAUAGGUGAAUUACAAUAAAUUCAUUCAUAUCUGAUUAAAAACUCAAAAAAACUGUCUGUGCUUCAAUUAGUUAAUUGUUGUAUUUAUUUAUUUAGUUAGUAAUUUAUUCACUAAUAGCUACUUAUUUAAUGGUGUUUUAAAGCAUAUAGUGUUCGUUAAAAUAACCUUACAGAUUUGGACAUAUAUUUGCCCAACCAUAAUUCGAUGUUUUACUUUAAUAUUAUAUCACUGAUUCUUCCGUAGCCACAACAGAUGGAGCCUUCUUGCCAAUCAAGAUUUUUCAACUUUUAUUUGCUUUUAAUAGCUGGCUGUAAAGGUUUUCUUUCAUAAUACAAGCAGUACGAAAAGCAGUGGGGGAAGUGUUCUCAUUACUACCCCAGAGAUGCCAGCCUCUAGAGAUCUAAAAUCUGUAGACUCUUUCUUUUACAUUUCCCCACCCACCCCCCCCCCCAAAAAAAAAGAAUAUAUAUCAGUGACCAAACCCCCUCUUGAUAAACAAAAAUCAAGCCAGUGUAUGAAUGUGACUAAGGACAUAUGAAAUCUUACAGAAUACACUGACCAUCAAAAUUCACUUUUAUGAUUGUAAGUACUGCAAAAAUAAUCUUUGUCAGCUAGAAACACAUGGUGCAAAAAUGCCCCAGAAACUGUACCAUAAAUGAAAAAAAGGAAUAUUGGGGGAAAUGGGCUAAAUUCCAGAGUAUAAGAGCACAGAAAUGCUCAAAAGUUUCUUUUAGCCAGGAGAUUUUGUGAUACAUGGGAGACUAGGAGAUUGAUGCUGUAGCCAUGAGAUGCCUGUAUGAUCCAUACAAAUUUUCAAGACUGAUCUUGAUUCCAUUUAAAUAUAUUAAUGUAUAGCCUGCAAAACAGGCGUAUUUUGGGGCAGGAUCCAUCAAUUGUUUUCAGGAAUGACGUCCCGCCAUCUUGGACGUAAAUAGUAUUAAUUCUUCACCCCACAGUUCUUGUAUAUGAUUUUCAUAUAUUCAUGACCUCAUCAUCAUCAUCCUUUCACAGGUUUAACACGGGUUUAAUACAACCAUCUAAACAUGUAUUUUUCUCCAAAUAUUGUCAAUUGUCAUCCACUUUGAUUACUGUAACAAUUAUAUUUGUUCUUUCAUCAUUUUCAGACUGAUCCAAGGAAUAUCAACAGAGAGGUGAGAAAUUGACUGUUAUUUACUUCCUGCAGCUAUGCAAGUAUAUAUUGAGAUUAAAGUUUUUUAUCGUUACCACUGUACUUGAUUAUAACAGUUUAUACCGUACAUUCCUAUGAACAUAUCUUUUGAAAUUCAGAUCCAUAAAUUAUAUGUCUUGUUUUUUGUUGCAGCAAGCUCUUCGCCUGAUGGAUUUUCCAAUUCUUGCCAUGCUGUUUGUAAGUACAACAUAGAUUCAACAUUAAAACCCAGGACAUAAACUAAUCACAGGUAUAACAUAUAAUUAUGGCAGACAAAAGUCUACCAGAAGAAUGGAAGAGCCCCCGGGCACAAGUGUUCUUACAGAACUACUUCCAGAAUCAUUCGAAAUCCCUGCUUCUGAUUGGUUAUGAAAUAGCCAAUCAGUAACAGGGAAUUCAAAAACUGGUGGGACUCAUAGUCAGUGAAAGCCAGAAGUUAAGUUAAAGUCACAAGAAGGAAAGACUAUUUUAUUUUAACCAUAACGCUGGGUGUUAGUUGUAGUAAUUAUCCAUUCAAAAGCAUGCAAUUACAGUGGAACCGUGCCUUACAGCCACCUCAGUAAUGUGGUCACCUCAAUAUUACAGCCAUUUUUUUUUUCAGGUAAAACGCGAUACAUUUUCUUAUAAAAACCCUCAUUAAUGCAGUCACCCAUUAAAACAGCCAACGGCCAUGUUUUAACCCAAAGAGUAUCUAGAAUGUUUUACAAUUUAACAUUAUUAAUACAGCCACUUGUUUGAAGUUUAGAAAAUUUUAAAAACUGUGACAUGUAAAUUUCACUGACCAAGUAAGCUGAGCCUGUUCUUGUUUUUUUUUUAGACUAAAAUUAUGCAUUUGUGCAGGCAGUUUAAUACCAGUAGCA